AGCAAUGACAAAGGGGACAUCAAGCUUUGGUAAACGUCACAAUAAAACACACACUGCCUGUCGGCGGUGUGGGAGACGGUCCUACCAUAUACAGAAGAAGACAUGUGCAUCAUGUGGCUACCCAAGUCCUAAAAGGAGGCAUUUUGAAUGGAGUGUAAAGGCCAAACGAAGGAGGACAACUGGUACAGGAAGAAUGAGACAUUUGAAGAUAGUGCAGAGAAAAUUCAGGAAUGGAUUCCGUGAAGGAACAACUCCCAAACCCAGAAAGCGUGCAGCAGCUGCACCCUCUACAACUGUAGCAACUAAAUAAAGACUUGGGUUAUCAUA